CCUACCAGCUUGGUAUCCUUUUUCCCCUUUCUCAUUCUUUCUUCUUUCACUUCUUUCUUUUCUCUCUUUUCGGUUUUUCUUUCUUCUCUCUUUUCUGAGAGACACCGAGAGACCCGAGAAGAGAGAGAAGCCGACUGAGAGAGAGAGAGAAGCCGACUGAGAGAGAGAGAGAGAGAGAUCGUGAGAGGGAGAGACCGGAUCUGAGAGUGAAACCGGGAGAAGACCACCGGAGGUCCGAUUUCCGGUGGUCGUUGCUCGAGAAACCGACGGAGGAGAGGACCCAGAACCGGAACCCGUCAGCAGAAACCCGACCCUCCAACGACCCACACCCGAUUUCCGGAGAGCAGAGGCGCGGCUUCCGGUGGAUCGUAGGCCGGAGCUGAUUUCCGGCGAUUCUGGCCGGAAAUCCGGCGACUUCCAGAGGCGAUUUCAGCCCGCAGGUAUAUUUUUAUUUUCCCCCACUUUUUCCUCUCCCACUGAAACCCUCAUCCCUCCCCCCUCAAGUUCGGUCGCGGCCACUGGCAACUAUUGACGCCACCGACGGCCAACCGAGCCCUGCAACGCCACGACUGAAAGGCGAGAGCGCCGCCUACCAUCUACAAUUGGCACCACAGAACGAAAUCCGACAACCCCGACGAAUGCCUGGCACCACCGAACGCCACCACCGGCAACAGAGGAAUCAAUGCUCUAUGAUUUAUGAAUAUGCUGCUAUGUUUUACACAUACAAUGUGGAGCAUCGUGUUUGGAGUGUACUCGGGAAGCGCCGAAUACACGUUAAUUGUCCUAUUGGAUGGGAAGGUUGGGGAGAAACGGUGUUAACUGUUGCCAAUAUUAUUUAUUGGGUAACACGUGACGCACAUUUGCUAGCAUACAAUGUAAACAAAGAUAUGUGGAUCAAAUGGAGUCUCACAGGCUUGGGAAUACCGUUUUUGGAAAGUGAUGAGCUCCACUUUCUUCCUGGGUUCAUCCAUUUAGAGCGUCAGCUCUUCGGCCUUCUGCAAUCAAAUGAUGAUGAAGCAUUUCAGUUGGUCAUAAUUGAUUACCCCCAUUCUCGGGAGCUCUUUCCAAAUUUAUGUUGCCAUCCGUUGAUAUAAGACAGAGGACCCCACUCUUGUAACAGAGUUCUUUUCAUUUUAAGUUUCUUGCUUUUUCUCAAUUUUUCUUUCUAUAUAUUAAACACAAACAUUUUAGCUACUACACAUUACUUUUGAUGUUCAUAACUAAAACAUGGAUACUAGAAGGACAUGUUAUGUUGUAUAGAUUUGUUGUUUCUUUGUUUU